CCUUCCCAAAAAUUACUGACGAAGCCAACCGGAAGGCCGGCCACGACGCUGCUCUAAACUGAACGGGUAGCUCAUCUGUACAUCCUAAAUUUGGGGAUUCCGGACGGGAAAAAAACCAUGAACCAUAUACAACAACCUUAGAAGUGAGAAGAGAAGAAGAAGAAGAAGAAGAGGCGAAGAAGAGACGGCGCUGCAUGGCGAGCUUGGUGUAUUCUACAGUGAACCCAGUCAUUUCAGACGGAGACGGGACUAUGCAGCAUGAAUCGACCUCUACAUUUGUGAUAUGGAUUGCUGGGGCGUGCGCGGCAUGGUGCUCCUUUAUCCUGCUCGUCCAGCUUAUCGGCUUCACUCAACUUUACCGCCGCUACUCCACAAUCCCAACUCCAGCUGCAUCCCUCGACCUCCCCGAAGAUGAGAUUCCUCACGUCACAAUCCUUCGUCCUGUAAAAGGACUUGAGCCUCAGCUAUACGAAUGCUUGGCAGCUACGUUCAAGCAGACAUAUCCCCGAGAUAAGCUGACGAUAUACCUGUGCGUCGCUUCACGUAGCGAUCCAGCAUACGCAACACUUCAGAGGCUCAUCGCCGACUUCCCCGGGUUCGACGCGAAGGUCUUUGUCGAGGAAGAUGACCCAAACCUCAGCGGGGAUGCCGGGCAGGAGAACAACUUGGGCCCAAACCCAAAGAUCAGAAACAUGAGCCGCGGGUACAGGGAGGCCAAGGGCGAUAUUUUGUGGGUAAUGGACUGCAACGUCUGGGUCGGAAAGGGUGUCACUGGGCGGAUGGUAGACAAGCUUUGUGGAUUUGCACCAGGGGGUCGGCGUCUUACGCCGUAUAAACUUGUGCAUCAACUACCGCUUGUCGUCGACAGUGUAGGCGCAAGCAAAGGCGAAGAGGCUCGCGGGCUUCUGACCGACGAAACCAACGAAGAUGGCUCAGAAAUCCUCCCCACGCGCAACGGCGGACUUUUCAGCUGGGGUGGGGGUCGCCUGGAAGAAAUCUUCAUGGCCGGCUCACAUGCCAAAUUCUACACAGCUAUCAAUACCGUGGCCGUUGCGCCUUGUAUAGUAGGGAAGUCCAAUAUGUUCCGUCGGUCCCACCUCGACAGCCUUACCUCGGCCGCAACAUCGCCCUAUUCACCGGGUAUCGACUUCUUUUCCAACAAUAUCUGCGAGGACCACCUUAUAGGCGAUCUUCUAUGGCGCAACAAUGUGCCUGGGCAAGCCAAUGGCGAGAAGUGGAGGAAUCACGGGCUGGUGUUUGGAGAUGUUGCUAUCCAGCCAAUGGCGUCCACCAGCGUUGCGGACUACAUCGCCAGGCGAGUACGAUGGCUCAGGGUUAGGAAAUGGACUGUCAUCCUCGCAACUCUAGUAGAGCCGGGCGUUGAGAGUAUCCUCUGUUCAGCAUACGCUGCAUUUGCCAUGACUACCCUGCCACCGCUUCGGGAGGCCCUAGGACUGCCAAGUUCGUGGACAGCAUUCUUCAUCGUCUGGUUAAUGUACAUUACGGUCUGGAUGGGCGUUGAUCGGCUCACGUACAACAAGCUGCACUCUGUUGCAUCGGUAGAACUGGACGAAGAUACUCCAAGUUUUGCCCGGCCACCGCAAGGACCAAGAAGGCGUUUUGGUGAAUGGCUUGCCGCAUGGCUUGGGAGAGAGGUGCUUGCUUUACCCAUCUGGGUCUUUGCUGUCCUGGGGGGGACCACGGUGAAAUGGCGCAAUAAGACCUUCUGGGUGGGCAUGGACAUGAAAGUGUAUAAAUAUGAUGGGGAUGAGUCGAAUGAUGAGGCAGUGCCUGGGGGAGUCACAAGUAAGGCAAGGAGUGACUAAAAUAGAUGAGAUUAUUGACUACAAAGUCAAAACGAUAGUAAUGAGAGGUAAAAUAUGUUUAAUGAAAAAGAUGAAGUAUUGUAUUGCACUCCCUGGUCGAUGUUUCGCUCUGUGCACGCUGGUCUGGUAUUAAUCACAAUUAUAUACCAGAAUACAAAAGGAUACAAUACGCGGCACGAGGUCGAACGGAUCUUCACAACAACUAAG